AUGGAUAACGAAGCUGGAAGCAUCUCUAUCGACCAGGGAGGCGAGUGGGACUUCAGCCUCUUUGAUGAACUGGAUCACUUGGGAGAUGCUGAUGAGUUGCUAGAUGCCCUGGAGCAUGCAGACUUUGCCACUGAAGUACCAAACCUAUAUUUUGAUAUUGACAUACCCCCUUGGAAUGAAGUGGACACACAGAGCACCUACACAGAUGGCGAGGUGAGUGUGGCCUCUCUGUCACCUGCACACACGUUGAGCUCAGUCCCCUCUCCCUCCUCUGUGGAAGCACUGUCCCCAUACUCCUUGCACGAUGAAGCUCUUUCUCCAGGAUCAAUUUCUUCUCCAGCAUCAGUUUCCUCAGAGUCCAGUGGGUUUUCUGAGGCAGUUAAUUCAACAAAAAAAGCCCCGAAAAGGAGCGUACCGCGAGACAAGACUUCCCAUUCAGUUAAAAGGCCGAUUCAGUUCGGACCUAAGGUUUCUAUCAAGCCCAAACCCCUGAUAACAGCAGUGCCCUUGACCCAUGCCCCGGGUCCCCUGCAGACUAAGACCAUCAUUAUCCAGCCACUGCAGACCAGUCUUGUGCCUGUGGUCAAACAGACCCCUGUCAGCAUUCAACCAGCGCCACCUCCAGGACGCCCUGUAGUGCUGUCUCAGCCGGGACAGGUGCUGCACAUUCAGGCCUCACCAGCCUUCGCUGCAAAUGUGGUCUCCAUACCAACGCUCAGUUCAGACAGGCCCAUCCCAGUUGCUGCUCCUCCACUGGUCUCGGUCAGCCUCUGCAGCCCCUCCUCAGAUGAUGACUCCAAGUUGUCCCAGAGGCAACAGCGAAUGAUAAAGAACCGCGAGUCAGCCUCCCUGUCCCGGAAAAAGAAGAAAGAAUAUCUGCUGUCACUAGAGGCCCGGCUGAAUAUGGCACUAUCGGAGAAUGAGGCCCUCAAAAGCGAGAAUGGCAACCUUAAGAGGCAGUUGGAGGGCCUGCUGAGUGAGAACACUGUGCUAAAAACAACAGCCCCCAAGAGGAGAGCUGUUUGCUUGAUGGUCGUCGUGGUGUUCCUUGUCUUCAAUCUUGGACCCCAAAGUCUGUUUCAGGGUGGCCCUGGGUCCAACCUGGACAUUGUUUCGACACAGCACAGCAGCAGGCACCUGCUGGGCUUACCAGAGGCUCAAAAUGAAGUCAUGGGCUCAGAACCUCAGCACAGGGGCCCCUCUGACAGUUCUGAGGAUAAAGCUUUAAUGGUGAUGAAGGACUUUCUCAGACCUCCUCCUCCCUGCCAGCCUCCUGUCAACAAAACCAAGUGCUUGGAAUUGGCCCACGAGCUCAGGGGCUGGGUCCACCGUCAUGAAGUGCAGCAGACCAAGUCCAGACGCAUGAGUAACAACAAUUACAAAUCCACUCGGACCAUUCUGAAGACAGACAAUAAGGAGGCCUCUGAGAUUGUGACUGUGGAGUAUGCCAAAACUUCUGAAGAAAAGAAUUCUGGCAGUGAGCUGCAGGUGUACUACGCUCCUCACCACACCUACACUGACUUCUUUGAUGAGCUCAAUCGUCGGCCAGACACGUUUUAUGUUGUGUCUUUCAGAAGGGAUCACCUGCUGCUUCCUGCCACAAGCCACAACAAAGGACAGAGACCCAAGAUGUCCGUCAUUUUACCUGCAAUGAAUAUAAACGAGAGCAUCAUUCGGGACUUUGAGGUGAUGAUGCAGAUCGACUGUGAAGUUACAGACACCCGGAUCUUACACAUCAGGUCGUCCUCUAUCCCUCCUGUGCUUAAAGUCAACCACACAGCCUCUAUCUACCAGCAUUCCCCCUCCGACAACCACACUGUGCCCCCCGUGCUCAUGGGCGCCGCAUGA